AACAAAAUUCGAACUCCUAUUUCUUUCACAGUUUUUCUAUUGUAUUUUAUUGAAAAAAUUGUCAUAUAGUCAGUGUAUAUAAUUAGUGAUUAAGAACAGACUCCUUUUCAUUUACACAAUCAUUAAAUUAUAAGUAAUCGCAUUUAUUUUUUGUAUUUUCCGUAAAAAUCAAUAGCACCAAGCAAUGUAUUGUGUCCGGUCAAUAUUCAACGUUUUAAAAUCUCAUAGAAAGGUUUCUGCCGUUCAUAAAGUUGUGAACGACAAGCCGAUCUACCAGCCAAUUCGUUUUAUAUCACAACUUGAUGAAUCUGAUAAAAUCAUCCAAGAUUUGUGCAACAAUGAUCCAAAACUAGAAAAGAAAUUAAGAAUUUUGAUGUUGGAAGUAGAAGUAAUGCGUCAAGAUGGGCGCUAUGCACCCAACUCGUUAAAUACUAGCCAAUGGCAACAUUUAAUGAGUCUACAAAGUAAAAACCAAAGAAAUAAUUACCUUACAUAUCUAUGGAAAACUGAAAAAUCAAGAGAAAAUCAAAAAGCUAAAAAAGAAGCAAGAAGAAAAGCAUUUGAAGAAUCGAAGCCAGAAGAGAAUAAAGAAUUUCCUGACGAUGUUUUAUAUGGAUUAUCACAUCAAGCAUUGUUUUUGAGAAUUCGAGACCAGUCAAUAAAUAAUUUUGACAAUUACAGGGCACUACAAGCUAUUCAGUAUGGAUUACCGAUAGUCAUUGACUGUUCCUAUGAAGAACAUAUGGUAUUGCGAGAAACAAUAAAUUCUGCGAAACAGUUGACUCUUCUAUUUGGUGACAACAGAUUGCACAAAGAUCCUUUUGACUUACACUUGUGUAAUGUAAACUUGAAAGGAGAUUUUAUGAGGCAACUUCGCAAAAAUAUACCUUCUUUGGAGGAACCAUGGUUUCCUCUACAUAUCCACACCAAAUCUUACCUGGAUGUUUUUCCAAAAGAUAAAUUGGUGUACUUAACACCUCAUUGCAGAGAAGAACUAACAGAAUUUGAUCAUGAUGCUAUUUACAUCAUUGGAUGUAUGGUUGAUAAGGUGAACAAUGAACCUCUUUCUUUAGCUAAAGCUAAAAAGGAUGGUGUAAAAAUGGCCAAAUUGCCUUUAGAUAGAUUCAUGGAGUGGGCUCCAGGCUCAAAAAAGAACUUGAAUGUCAACCACAUGGUACCCAUACUUUCAGAUCUUAAAAUCUCUGGCGAUUGGGAAUUUGCUCUCCGUCACGUACCCAGGAGAAAAUUGAUGGAAACUAAAAUCCUAGCUAUGCAAAAAAAGAUGAAAAAUAAUACCCUAAUUAAGGAAGAUCUUUUCCGCAGUCUAAGGGUCCCAUCGAAAUCUAAAGGUUUUGGUGUGAAAGAAAAGAAAGUGAAAUCUAGGAAAUCCUUGUAUGAUGAUGAUAAUUUUUAAGUAAAUAAAACAAUAUUAA